AAUAUCUGCUGCUAUGUUCAGGUAUAUUUACGUUGUUGCCGCCGCGUAUUAUUUCUUGAACAAACAAAAAUAGUAUUCAAAUACGUUUAAUAUAGUAGAUUAGUUAAUAAUUAUUUAAUAUUUAGUUAAUUUUAAAUGUGUUAUUCGUACAAGAAACGGUUUCGAAUUAUUAAUAUUGAAAAAUAGAUUUUUGAGGUUAAAACCGUUGACAGUCGCAGUAACAAAGAAACUUUAAUUUUAAUUGUUAUUUUCUUAUUUAAAUAGAAAAUGUGUGGACGUUGUGCUUGUACAUUACAACCAGAAAUUUUGAGUCGUGCUUGUCAAUAUAAAGAUUCUUCGGGUAAAUAUCGACAGACUCCAUGGAUUCAAUCAAAAAUUGAUGAUAUUCAAUACAAGCCUUCUUGUAAUAUGGGACCGCGAACUGUUUUACCAAUUUUAAUAUCAGGUUCUCAUUUAAAUAAUGAAAAUGAAAGAAUUCUUUAUCCCAUGUUAUGGGGAAUGAUACCUCCUUGGAAUCAGGGUGAUUAUAAAAAACAUAAGCUUUCAACACACAAUGCUCGUAUUGAAGAUUUGGAAAAUUCAAAAAUGUACAUGCCACCUUUACGCAAUGGAAAGAGAUGUAUUGCAAUUGUCGAAGGUUUUUAUGAAUGGAAAAGAGAUGAAUCAUUGAAACAACCCUAUUAUAUUUAUUCUAAACAGGAUAAUAUUAAAGUUGAAGAUAAAAUCACUUGGAAUAAUGAAUGGUCGGAGGAAAUUGGUUGGCAGGGUUUUGAACUUUUGAAAUUGGCAGGAAUUUUUAAUACCUACAAAAGUGAAACUGGCGAUACUGUCUAUAGUUUUUCAAUGUUAACCAGAGAGGCGAAUAAAGUUUUUUCUUGGCUUCAUCAUAGAACUCCCUGUUUUCUUCGAACGGAAGAAGAAGUUAAGUCAUGGUUAAAUUAUAAAGAGACACCUUUGGAAAAAGCGUUAAAAAAUUUACGUUCACUAUCAUUGGAUGAAAAUACAAUAAAUUGGCAUCCAGUUUCAACUGCUGUUAAUAAUGUACACUAUCAAGGAGAUGAUUGUAUAAAGCAGAUCAAAUUAGAGAAAAAGGAGGAGAAAAAACGUCCAACGGGUAUUAUGGCUUCUUGGCUGCAAAAAGGUGCGGUAAAUAAAAGAAAAGCUGACGAUUCUGAAAAUCGAGAGCAAAAAAUUUCGAAAAAAGAGUGAAAGGUAUUUUUUUGAAAAAAAGUAAUUUAUUACACAAAUUUUGUAAUUGAAUUUUUUUCUAGAUAAAUUGUUUUUCUAGCAAAAAUAAUUUAAAAUUUCGCGGUAUUUACAUAUUUUUCCAAUGUUGGCAAGCUUUAUUUCCGUAUGUUAAUGAGGUUAUGUUAAUUUGUUGUGAGAAUUGUGAUUACAGAAAUAUUUGAAAUAAAACCCAAUAUUUCUUUAAUUAGAAAGUGAAUACUAACUUUUAGAAUGAUACCAAGAAUACAAACAUUAUUAAAAGUUACAACUAUUCCCUUACUACGAAGGAAUUUUAAUUGCUGGACAGCAGGAAUUGCAGCAAAACAGAGAGGGAGUUUUUUAAAAACUUAUCCUGUAACACUUGUUUUACCCGAUGGUAGCAGUUUAAAUAUUCAAUAUUUUGAACCACGAAGUAUCGUUGUACUUCCUCAUAAUUUAGAGCUUAUGACAGAAGAAGAACGUAAAAUUAUUUUACAAAAACGCUUACCAAAAAAGAAAAUUAAUAUUGUUAAAGAUGAAGAUAUUGAAGAUUUUAAUGAAGAACAAUAUUUGAAAUUAGUGAAACAAUAAAUUUUUUUUUUUUUUGAAAUCAAUUAGUCAAUAUGAAAUUUUUAUAUUCUACGAUUUUUAUUGACAAAAAAAUUCAUCUCUGAUUGCAAAAGAGAAAGAUGAAUAUUUUGUUUAGUAUAUUUUAUGUGAUUUUUAUCAUCGCAUGCCGGAACACAUAGUUUUAAUGAGAAAGGCCGGAUGUUACUUUUUACAGCAAAGAGGAAGACCAUUGUUUACUUCGUAACAACUGUAAAUAUAUUAAUGAUCCUGCGACGAAAAUGCUGAAUAAAAAAAAAAAAAAAAAGUAAUAAAAAAAAAAUUAUAAGUCCGUCAA